UGUGAGGCCACAUCGGGCGAGACUUAAAACAACCAGUUACUACACGAAAAUGUGUCGAAAACAAUGUUGAAAAGUCGAUUAAAUGAAUGAAAUGUACUAUACAGAGACAAACUUCUACCGGACGCAAGAAAACGGUACCUGGAAAAGAUGGCAUUGAUCGGAAAUCUGGAUCCGUAUGAGGUGCCUGCAAGAGAAUGUACUCGAGACCCCGACGAUUUACCUCCUCUGACAUUUCCAGAUAUUUUUGUAUACUUAGUCUGUGGUGUGAGUGCUUAUACCGAGGCUCAGUUUCGUAAUUUUAAAUCUAUGGAAGCCCACGUUCAGUUCACAAAUGGCUGGGUCCAUGACUUGGAAGUCUACAAACCGCCGAGUUGUGAAAACACCGUCGUUCGUACAAAGGUUAUGCACUCACAGAGAUUGAAUGAGCCUCCUCUAAAGCCCUGGGUCAUUGUGAGCAGCGCUGGGAAGGUGGAGUGUGCCCAUUGUGAUAGCUGAGACCUGUACUCAUGUAGGUGCUCUCUUGUUCAAGUUGGAGGCAACAGUUCGAAUUCGUGGCACAAAGACUGUCACUGAUAUGCCAGCAUACUGGGUUUUGCCCAGUAACUUGAGCAAGAUUCACCCAGAAGUGGGAUAUAGGAUUAACUACACCACCUCAGUUACGCAAAGGAAGACAUUAGACCAGCGAAUAAAUACGCAGUCCACAACACCAGCCAUAAGGAGUCGGGCACAGAAACUGAAAACUCCUCAAGGUAAUCUUGAAGAUUUAUCACCGCUACUUGAUACGUUACUGCACCAUAGCAAGGCCGUUGGUUUGUCAGGGAUGGAGAAGUACUAUGCACAAUACACACAACACACAGCUGCUGCACCAUCCUCUGCUUUACCUCCAUGCCUGGCAAAAUCCCUGUAUGAUGAAAGCAUAGAUGCCAGUGACCUGUCGGCUGUCUUGCUGGUCUGUGAGAAGCACAUGAAUGCUGUAAGUGUGACUGACGAGCAGGCAGCAGCUGUAGAAGAGUACACCAGGCAACAACAUCUGUCGUCUGCGUGGUAUGAUUACAGAAGCGGAAGAAUUACAGCGUCAAAAAUGCAUGCUGUAUAUGCCACCUCUCUGGAGAGGCCAUCCCACACAGUUUUGAAGCAGGUGUGUUACCCACACACACAGCACACAGUAUCAACUGUCCAAACCAGAUGGGGUAUCAGUCAUGAGGGGGAUGCUAGAAAGGCCUACACUGAAUCCAGAGCUGCAUCUCACACAAACUUCAAAAUCGAACCGUGUGGCUUCAUAAUUAACAGCAGCUUCCCUGAAAUCGGAGCGUCACCGGAUGGCCUGACUAUGUGUGAAUGCUGUGGGAAGGGCUGCCUGGAGGUGAAAUGUCCUUUCAAGUAUCGGUCCUGCAGCAUCCAGCAGGCACUGGACAUGAAGGACAAAGACUUUUGUCUCCAGUUGUCCUCAAACAACCUUCAGUUGAAAAGAGACCACCGCUUCUACACACAGAUUCAGACACAGAUUGUUGUCACCCAAUCAAAUCACUGUGAUCUUGUUGUUUGGACUGAAAACGAUUUCACUGUGGUGCGUGUCUUUCCAGACCAGGAGUUCUGGGAACCUCGUCUACAGAAAGCACAAGAAUUCUUCAAGAAAGUGUGCCUCCCGGAACUUGUGGCAAAAUAUUACUCAAAGGACAUGCAGCUUCAUGUUCCAAGUGAAAGAGAGCAGUAGUUUGUUAUGUUGUUUAUGAAAGAUUUGCACUUAGGCCUACACAGUUAAGACUUUUUUUUUUGUAAGUGUUUUACUUGACUCAGAGUAUUAGCCUGUUACUU